UCCUCAAAAAAAAAUUGAAGCAACCUCCUUGUCAAAAGAAAAUCAAGAACAUGCAACUCCUGAAAAUACAUCAGUACAAGUAGCUCUUCGUAUAAGGCCUUUAACUGCCGAGGAUAUGAUAAAUUUGCCUUCACGAUUUCAAAAGAAUGUUUUAUCCACUUCACAAUUUGCCCCAAAUCAAGUAACGGUUUUAGGUGAAAAGAAACAAACAUUCACAUUUGAUCAAAUUUUUGGUCCUGAUACAUCUCAAAAAGAUAUAUAUGAUGUUGCUGUAAAAAAAAUGGUAGAUAAAUUUUUGGAAGGUUUUAAUGUAACAAUUUUGGCUUAUGGUCAAACAUCAUCAGGUAAAACUCAUACAAUGGGUACUGCUGAUAAUUCCACUAAAUCUCCCGAGUCAAAGGGUAUAAUUCCGCGUGCUAUAAGUACACUUUUUUCUUAUAUAAAUUCUUCUCAGUAUAAGAAUCGUAAAUGUACAAUGAAAGUGUCCUUUGUUGAAUUAUACAAUGAAGAUCUUAUUGAUCUUCUUUCUGAAGAAAACGACGGGGAAAAUAAACCACAAUUAAUGAUCAGAGAAGAUUCAAAAGGCAAUAUUAUAUGGAGUGGUUUACAAGAAAUUAAAGUUACUAGUGUUGAUGAAAUAACGGGUCAUUUGAAUCGUGGAUCAUUAAAUCGUCAAGUCAGUGUCACUGAUAUGAAUUCACAAUCAUCUCGAUCACAUGCCAUCUUUUCCGUUACUCUUUCACAACAAAAAUUGGUUUCUUCAUCAUCUCCUGAUGCUCGCGAUAGUCCAUUACCGACAUCUCCUACUAGUAAUUCAUCAAGAACAGGGUUCGUAAAAGAUAAUGAUAAGGGUGAAUGGGUAUCAAUUACAAGUAAAUUUCAUUUUGUAGAUUUAGCUGGCAGUGAAAGGCUUAAAAGAACUUCUUCAAUAGGCGAUAGAGCUAAAGAAGGAAUAUCAAUUAAUUCUGGUUUAUUAGCAUUAGGAAAUGUAAUUUCUGCUUUAGGUGAUCCAUCAAGAGCAAAAAAUAUAACCCACAUUCCAUAUCGUGAUUCAAAACUUACUCGUCUACUACAAGAUUCAUUAGGUGGCAAUGCUCAAACCUUAAUGAUUGCUUGUGUUUCUCCUGCUGAGUAUAAUGUCAGCGAGACAAUCAACACCCUUAAAUAUGCUAAUCGUGCAAGAAAUAUUAAAAAUAUUGCCACAGUUAAUCAAGAAGAAACUGGUUGGCAUGAUUUAGAACAUUUGCAAAAUUUAGUUUUAAAACUUAGAAAUGAAAUAAAAGCUUUGAAGCAAUCUGUUGGUACUUUUUCAUCAAAUAAUCCUGGCUCUGAUGUUGAAUCCCUUGAGGAACAACUAUCAGAAUUGCAACGUUCUUAUGUUGAGCUUUCUAAAAACCAUGCAAAAACUACUGCUGAACUAUCUAUUUAUCAAGAUAAUUUUGAAAAUCAGGCAAAUGGACUAGCUUCUAUAAAAGAAGAGGAAAACAUCAACCAUAAUAACAAUGAUAGUGAUGAUAAUAAAAGUGAUUUGUUUAAUUCAGUUCCUUCCAGCUUUCAGGAAACUAUACGCCCAGUUAUCGAAGAAUAUGAAAAAUCAAUUGCUGAUCUUGAAAGUGACCUUUUUUUGGCUCGUGCCGCUUUAGCUUCCAUUGAAAAACAAAUUCGAGAAUAUGAAAUGAAACUUAUUGAAGUUGAAGAUUUAAGUUAUAAAGAUAAAAACGUGAUAAUGGAUUUAAAAAAUCAAAUCCUUCAACAUCAUGAACUUUCUCAACUUAGUUCAACUGCUGAAAAUAGUGAAAGCAUCAUCCAGAAAUUAGAAGCUAAAUUAGCUAAAGCUGAACAAAACUAUGCUAAAGCAAAUAAGGAUGCUUCACAACUUGGAAAACAUUUACAAGAGAGAGAAAAAGCCUAUGAAAAUUUAGAAGAACAAUUCAACAAAGAAAAAGCUUAUAGUGAAGAGGAUGCUAUCUUAUUAGCGGCCGAGAUUGAUGAUCGUGAUAAGAGAAUUGCUCAGCUAGAAAAAAAAGUUGAUGAACUUGUAAAUGAAAUCGAACUUGAAUCUAAAUUAUGCGAACUUCAAAAAAUUCAUGUAAAUACUGUUUUGGAAUUUGAAGAAAUAAAGGAUAAACAUCAGAGUUGUCUUGAUGAAAUCAAUGAACUUCACGCUCAAUUGGCUGAAGCAAAGACACCACAAUUUAAUACAGUUGAGGUUACUCCUUCAACUCCAUUGACUGAUUCUUCUUCUGAUAGCCAAAAUGAUCCAGAUUCUUUGUCACCUUAUUUACAUGGUACACGUAGAAAGGCAAGAUCAUUGUCUGCUGAAGUUAAAGGCGCCGAGAAAAAAGAACUUGCUAGCAUGGCUGUGAUCCAAAAACUUCAAAUUGAAUUUAAACAAUUGGAAUUGCUUCAUGACGAUAAGGCUAAAGGUUUAGAAGCUGUUAGACAAGAAUUUGCUCGUCUUGAAACCAAUCAUUUGACCACUAUUGAAAUUGUAGAAGAGCUUCGCGAAGAAAUCAAAAGACGUGAUGCUUUAGCACAAUUGGAAGUUAUGUCAGUUAUGUCUCCCGAUGCUUAUACUGAUGGUGGUUUUUCUGCUGCUGUAAGUGAAAUAGAUCAAAAUGAUAUAGUGCAUCGUCUUAGAGAUGAAGUUGAACAACUUAAAGAAGAACAAAAGAAAUCACUUGAUUUGCUUUCCGUGAGUGAUAUUAAAGUAACCAAAAAUGAUCAAAUUUUCAAAAUCGAAUCGUCUAUUCUUCAACUUAAAUCGGAAAUGAAUCAAUUUAUCGAAGAGAAUGAUCAGAAAUCCACAACUCCUUUGGAUAAAACUAACGAUGAAACCAUCAAUAAAUUACAGUCAAAAAUAAGAGAGUAUGAGGAGCAACUACUACAAGCUCAAGAAUUUCAACGACAAAUUCAAGUAAAUGAAGUCAUUUCUAAUCUCGAGGAGAUUGGUGUUAUUACUCCAGAAUCUGAACAAACAUCUAAAGAUAUUGAGCUGCAUCAACAAGUUAAAAAAAUUCAAACCGAAAUUGAGGCUAAAAGUCACACCAUAGCUGCAUUAUUGUUUCCUUCAAUUGAAAACCAGGAUACAAUUAGGAGAUUAGAGGAUGAACUCCAAGAGUCUAGAGAGGUCCUUCGUCUUGCCAUUCAAGAGAAAGUUGAUAGACUUGAAGAAGAUAAUAUUAACAAUGAUUUUGAAAUUGGUGAUAAACAUAUUAAAGAGCUAGAAGACAAUGUGAAAGAUCUUGAAAUCCAAUUGAAUAAAGCCAAAGAAGCACAACAUGUUCCUACUAGAAGAGAUCUCGCUGAUAAACCAGCACUACAACAGCGGUUAAGAGAAAAGGAAGCCGAUGCAUUAUCAUUCAGAACCAAAUUGAUGGAAAUUCAUAAACACGAAGAAGCACAGAAAAUUGAAAUAAGAGAACUCAAAACAAGAUUACAUCAAUUGGAAAAUGGCGAAGAUGUUAAUAAAGUCCUUUAUGCUGAAUUAGAAACUUUAAGAAAGGAACUCAAAGAAGUACGUGAUCGCGAAGUUAUUGCUUUGGAGAGACUUCGUGUUUUGAAAACGAGAAUGGGAACAGAUAGUGAAGAACUUCAUUUACAAGAACAAUUGGAACAUUUGCGAUAUGUUGAAAUAGCACAACGCGAACGGAUUUUGGUGUUGGAGGGGAGACUUACAGAACAAGGUGAUAAGGUUGAUGAAGAUCUUGUCAAAUUAAGAACUGAAUUAGCUUUAGCAAAAGAAUCUGAAUCUACAUACAGGAAAACAAUUGAAAGCCUUGAAGUUAAAUUAAAGAAAGCCGAGGAUAGAUCUCAAGUUGCACUUUUGAAACGCGAGACUACUACAACAAAAGAUAGAGAAAUCGAACAAUUAUCAAAAAUCCAAGAACUUGAACUUAAAUUAAGUCAACAAAUCACCAAAGACGGCCAACAAGUUAAAACAUUAACUGAAGAAAUUGAAAAUUUGCAUGCUAAUGAAAGAGAACAACGUAAACAAAUCGAAACUCUUGAAACCCGAUUGGCAUUGGUUCAAGAUGAAGAUCCUGACAUUGCUUCAUUGCGUGAUCAAAUUUCAUCAUUAAGGGCUUCUGAAGCCGAUCUAAAGAGAAAUAUUCAAGAACUUGAAUCCAAAUUACUUUCAUUGCAAAAAGAAUCCAAUAUUUUUGAAACUGUCAAAGAGGAAGUCAAACUUUUGAAAGAAAUUGAAACUGGACAAAAAUCUACAAUUGAACAGCUACAAACACAACUUCGUAAAGUUAGAAAUUCCAAAGAAGAAGCGGUAAAAGAAUUGCAAACUAUGAAAGGAGGCUUCAGUCUUCAAAAAGAACUUGUGAUUUCUCAAGAGGAAGAACUAAAAGUUUUGAGAAAAGAAUUAGUAACAACAAAAGAAAAAAGUAAAACUUCUUUAGAAGAAUUUGAAAAUCUUUCAAGGUUGUUGAGUGAAGCUGAAAAACGAUGUGAUGAAUCACAAAAACGAGCAAAAACUUUAGAAAUUGAAAUUGAGACGUAUAAAAUUGCAGGCUCCGGUAGUGAUGAUAAUGUUAAUGCUUUACGCGAAGAAUUGUCUAAUACAAAAGUUGAAAUGAUUUCACAAAAUGAAAUACUUGUUGAACUUGAUUCACAAUUAACAGAAAUUGAAAAGGAACAUGAUCAGAAUGCCAAGCAGGUUGAAAAAUUAAAGAAGACUCUCGAAGAGAAGGAAGCUAAUCAAAAAGAUGCAAUAGAGUCGUUAGAGAAUAUUUUGGUAAAUUUGGAGUCGGAUCUUGAUAAAUUUAAAGAUUCAUCAAAUGUAAAUAAAGAUAUUGUUGUUAAUAUUGAAGGAAAUCUUUCAGUUGUGAAGGAACAGCUUCAAUAUGCAAAAGAUUUGGAUGAAAAACGUUACAAAAUGAUUAAUGAUUUGAAGAACAAGUUAGCGGUAGUGGUCGGUACUCUAACAGAAAAAGAAAGUGACAUUUUUGACCAGAAUGACGUGAUUUCUGAAUUGGAAAAAAUAAUACAUGCAGCCCAAAUAGAAUUAUCUUCUACCAGAUCAUCUGAAAUUGAAGAAUCCCAAAGAGUCAAACAACUUGAAACAAAAAUAAACGAACUCACUUUCAAAUUAACAAAUUAUUCUUCAUCAGUCGAGAUUGAAUCGAUAAAAUCUGAACUUGAAAAAUCAAAGACAAAUGAGGCUAAACAAAAUCAAAAGAUCAAAGAGUUGGAAGUUAGUUUAAAGAAGACUCAAAAUCUUUGUACAGAAGAAAUCUCUAAACUUAAAGAUGCAAACAAUGAAAUUAAUGAACUUCAAGAAAAGUGUACUGGAUUACAAAAUAAACUUGAAGAUGCUCUUCAUGGUUCUUUAAUUAAAAGCUAUGAAAAUAUUGAUGAUUCUAUGAUUGAAGAUCUUACAAGCCAACUUAAAAAAGCACACAACCGAAUUGCGGAAAAUAGAGAUCAUGUAGCAAGAUUAGAAAAAUCAACAAGACAACUUGAAUUAGAAAAAUCUGAGCAAACUGAAAGAAAUAUAAAUCUUGAACAACAUUCAGAACAGCUUCAAAAAGAUCUUGAAAUUUUGGCCGAAGAAUUUGCUGAAGCUACUAGCAAGUUUAAUGAUGCUGAUGAAUUAUCAAAACAACAAAAAAAUCGUAUUUUUGAAUUAGUAAUGGCACUCGAAGAAGCCAACAGUAAAUUAUCUACUAUGUCAACGAGUGAUCACAAUUUAGCAUUGUCAAACCCUACAUUGGCUAAAAUGGAAUCAGCCAAUGAACUUUUAAGUCAAACAAAUGAAAACCUUAGUUUGAAAAUAAUUGAAGCUGAAGAACAAAUCCAAAUAUUAAACGAAAAGAUAAAAUUAUUUGAAAACGAAGUUAUGAUUAAUAGCGAGAGCAAUGUAUCCGUAAUUGAAUUAAGGGAACAAAUAAUUGAACUACAAUCAGAAAAAGAAGCAUUGGAAGAAGCCAAUGAAAGUCAUUCUGAAGAGCGCAGUAAGCUUGAUCUUAAAGUUAAAUCAUUGCUUGAACAACUCCAUUCGAUUGGACUCGGUGGAAAUAAAGCUGCUGUUCAAAUAGCACAAUUAAAUGAAGAAUUAAUAAAUCUUGAAAAUAAGCUCUCCACCCUAAAACGAAAUUCAUCUGAUGAAUCUAAAGAAAUGUUAAAGGAAAUUACUCAUUUAUUGGAAUUAAAUGAACAACUUGAACAAAAGAUUAAAGAUUUGGGUAUAGACUUGUCAAAUUCACGCAACAGUGUCAACAGUAUAACUUCACAUUCAAAUGAAACCAAAAACAAACUCAUUAAACAAGACGUUACAAUUGCACAUCAAAACAAUACAAUCAAAACGUUGAAAGAGAAAAUCGCCGAAUUAGAAUCAAAUGAUAAUUUGCAUGGUCGUAUGUCAAUAGUAUCCAUUAGUUCUAAUUCGUCAGAGUUCAAAAGGAACACUCGCUCAGUUUCUGUUAAUCCUCCACCAAGAGUAUCACUUUCACUAAAACCUGACCUUGGACAAUCACGCUCAAGAAGAGGAUCAGAUGUAAGUGCAAUGACAACUGCAGCCGAGCUUGUAUCAGAAAUUCAAAAAUUAAACAAAAAGAUUGCAAAACUGGAGGGCGAAAGCUCAGAAAACAAACAACUUGUUGAAUCUUUGGAAUCUGCACUCAAAGAAGAAGAAACAGAAAUCCGUGUUGCUAAACAACAACUAUUAAUAUUACAACGUGAAAGAAAUAAUCAUGUGAAUGAAAUCAAGUCAUUGAGAGCAGAGUUAGAUGAAGCACAAGUCCAAGUAGAAGUGACAAAAGCCACAGUGGAAGAGGAAAAGAAGGUUAUGGAAUCGGUAUUAGAGGAGGAACGAAAAGCCAAAGAAAAAGCAGAAAGGGCAAGAUUAAAUUUAGAGAGUCAAAUGGAACAACUCAUGGCAAAAAAGAAUAAAUUUAUGUGUUUCUAA